CAGCAGGGCAACACUGGGCAAUGCUUAACAGAGAGCUGACCACCAAAGCACAACUAUCGUCUCGAGAUAGAAGGCUGCCAGGACUAUCAAGGGUUAAUGGGUUCUGCUUGUGAAGGCUGUCUAACCUGGUAAAAUGGCAGAAGCAGACUGGGAGCUGAGUAAAGAGAAUGUGCAACCUUUGAAACAAGGCCGGGAUGUGAGUACACUUCAGGAUGUACUUGCACAGCAUGAAGGCCCAAGUCAAAUCAGUAUCCAAGAGCAGAAACUGGCUUUUGAAGCAGAAAUCCGAUUUUAUUCUGGUGAUGAUCCUCUGGAUGUCUGGGACAGGUAUAUCAAAUGGACAGAACAGAUGUUUCCACAUGGUGGAACAGAUAGUAAUCACUCUGCUCUAUUGGAGAGGGUUUUAAAACUUUUCCUAAAGGAUGAACGAUAUUACAGUGACCUGCGGUACCUUGGUCAUUGGUUAAAAUUUGUUGACUACUGUACUGACCCGCUAGAAAUCUUCGACUUCUUAAAGAGCAAAGGAAUCGGUGUGCCACACGCUGCUCUCUACGUUGCCUGGGCUGAACGGUAUGAGCUCCUAGGGAACAACAAAAAGGCAGAAGCCAUCUUGCAAGAAGGGAUUCAGCUCCAGGCUGAACCGCUUGAAAAACUGCAGCACCAUCUGAGGCACUUUCAAUCCCGAGUAUUUAAGCAGGUUGUGGCCUCCAUAGCUGAAGGAACAAAUGAAGACUUUGUUCCUGAUCCAGUUCAACAGCAAAGAACUAUUCUUGGAGAUCUGAAACGCCGUGGACAGAAGAAAGCCAUGGCACCAGUCAACAGGGUUGGCAAUUCAGUGAGAUCACAAAACCAAGGACUUGGCCAGAAUGUGGCUCCUGCUCAAGAACAAGGUGGCAGAUUUGAAGUGUUUAAUGAAAAUCGAUUGCAGACCCAGCCUGCAGACCAACUGAGAUCGACAGAGGGGCAGUGGACUGUGCUUCCUUCGACAUCUGCUAAAGAGAAUGAAAUUGCGCCAGGACCCUGGAAUACAUCUGGAAUACGGAUGCCUCGGCAUUCCAAUGUACAUGCGUUUACUGCUGCCUUGUCAGCCAACAGACCCGAUUUCAAGCUUUAUGAGGAAGAAUUUUCUCACGAGGAGACUACGACACCUCGUAAGAUUGAGCCCUUAUUUACCCCAGUUUUGAGCGCUCGGAAACCCAGCAAAGAAUUGAAUCCAUUGCUCAGGGUGCAAGUACAAAAUUGCAAAGAAGAGAAGGAAGUGUCUAUGUAUUCAAAAGACCAGAUCUAUGCUGGACUGCGUGAGUUCUCCUUUGAAGAACUCCGAGCAGAGGAAUUCAAAAAGAAAUAUAAAGCUCGCAUCAAAGAACAAGAACAGAAGUUGUCGAAGUUAAAGCAGGAAAAGGAGGAGAUGGAACAAUUAAUACACAUGGCAGAAAUGAGAAUGAAACAGCAGCAAGAGCAUAACCAACUAGAAACACAACAGAUGGAAGCAAUUGAUAACCCUGUGCCACAUUCAGGGAUCACCACCAGGGAAUUUGGCACAGAGCUUAACCCAUCAGAAAGGAAACCUGAAGAUCCUUGUAGAGAUGGAUUGAAUGCAUCAAGACUGAAAAAUAUGAAUCUGUCAGGUUACACAGAUAUCAAAACCAAUAUGUUCCAUGACCACGUUACUUGUUCCCAAAUGAGUGGUGAAAGUCGGUUUGAGGAUCUGGGUGCUGUAUCUAGUGAUUGCAACAAGGAAGACCUGGAAUAUGAAGCCCAGUUUAUGAAAUGUGCUGACAGAAGCCAUUCAAAUUCAGUCCCAGCCCUAAUGCCCCCUUUCUUUGGGUUACCAUCUGCACCAACGCCUUUCAGCAUUUUUGAAGAGAAUGCAGAUAUUGAAAACCAGGAGAAUAAGCCGCCAGCAAAUUACUUGAAGACCAGUACUCGAUGGCAGCUUUCUGGAAUCCUUGUACCAUCGCAACGUGUUCUGACUGAGGGAGCCUGUGCUGCUGAAUGUGAUGAUUUGGAUGGGAUUGAACCCCUGAACGAGGACCACUUUGUGAGCAGUGAUUACCCAAACAAGACCCUUGGCCCUUAUCCUGAAAACACAUGUGACUUUACCAGGGGGGCCCAUUUGGUCUCCACCCCUUUCCACCGAAAUCCUCUGACUGAUGAUCAGGAGAACUCAAUCAAACAGAACUCCAUAGAUGGUAGUAAAAGUGCUCUGAGUUCACUGUCACCUAUCAAGGAGUCCUUGUUUGACCAACCUCUGCAUUUGAAGAAACUAAGCCCAAUUCAGGAAGCAAGUGAAGAUGGCCUGUCCUCUGCUGCCACCACCACCUCUUCUGCAGUCUCCUCUUCUUCAGUGGGAGGACUUGGUACUAUGAGUGACUUGAAUGUCUUUGAAAAACUGGAACUGGGUCAGUUGAACUCUUGUGAGACCAACAAUGUCAAUUCCACCUCUGGUAAUCCUUGGGAUAUAGAAGUGCGGAAUCAAUUGCUGUUGUCCCUUUCAGUUCCAUUGAGCUCGCUCCCAGAGUUCCACAUUCAGGACAGCCCAAUACCUACACUUGAAGAUGGACUCGAGUUGCAUCUGGGCUCGCAAGCCUUUAACGUUAAACAAGCAGCAGUACAUGAACAGUACCGUGUAUUCUUCGGAACUAAUUCAAGUUUGAAUUUGUCCAAAGCUAUAAUUAAGGUAUAUUCACAUACAGUGCCAUGGGACUUCUACAUCAAUCAACAACUUAAGAUGCGGCUUGGUUCCCAGUUCAAUAAUUACUUCAGCCAGAACCACAGCUGCUACUUGUUUGAGAAUGGAUGUGUGACAGUGGAUGAGGUCAAGAACUGUGAAACUCUACAGGGUCUGUCUCAGAUGUGGGAAUCUGUGCCAGAAGCACUGGUUCUGUUCCUGACACAUGACCUACUGGCCUUAGUGGAACUGAUGCAUACAGCUGAAAUUGUUCAUGGGGACAUAGCACUGGAAACGCUCUUCAUGGGUGACAGGUUUUAUAAUGUCUCCAUGUGCCCCAGCAGUGACAGCUUGGUAAAGCUCAUGGACUUCACUCACAGCUUGGACCUGAGGCUGCAGUCUGAUGUUGCCAAUUUUACAAAGUUUCCCACAGUGCAAUCACUACCCAAUAAGGAGCUCCUGUUAGAGUGCACUAACGCCUACCAGGUUGAUCUCCUUGGGAUUGCAAACACUGUGCAUUUUCUGCUGUUUGGAAGACAUAUAGAUGUCAGCAAAGAGGGUUCACGGUGGAUACUCGGGCCCAUGUCCUACAGCUUGGAGCAAUGGCUAUAUAUGGAGUUAUGGAACAGCUUCUUUGAAAAGAUUCUGAAUGCAGGAGAUGCACCCUCUGUCUCUACACUGCGUGACCUGCGGCAAACAGUGACGGAAGUCAUUGAACCGGAUUAUGAGACGCUGUAUAAUGACGCUUUCAUACUGAACCUGACACCCUAUGAUUAGUGAAUGUAAAAUGAUUUUUAAACACUACUGUUAUUUCAGGAUCUUAUUUUUCUAUUGUUCGGAAUAAAGUUGCCACCUGUA